AUGCAGGAGAAACUCGCGUUAGCGGCGUUGUCGGCGGGUCCGGGGGCGGCGCGCAUGCGCGCGUGGCGCCUGCACGCUUACGGCGCGGCGCGCGACCUGCAACUGGAGGCGGCACGCGUGCCGGCCCUGCGCGCGCCGAGCGACGUGCUGGUGCGCGUACGCGCCGCCUCGCUCAACCCCAUCGACGUGGCCAUGCUGGCGGGCUACGGCGCGCGCGCGCUCAACGUGCUGCGCGCGCUGGAGGGCGCGGCCGAAGGCGUGGAGUUCCCGCUGGUGCCGGGCCGCGACUUCGUGGGCCACGUGGAGCGCGCCGGGCCCGACAGUCGCCUGCGGCCCGGCCAGCGCGUCUGGGGCGUGCUGCCGCCGCACCGACAGGGCUGCCACGCUGACUUCGUCGUCGUUAAAGAUGAAUGGGCAGGGCCUGCACCGGCUGCGCUGAGCGACGCCGAGGCCGCGGGCGCCCUGUACGCCGCGCUCACCGCAUGCGCCGCGCUGCGGGCCGCUGGGCUGGGGGCCGCGGGGCCGGGGGCCGCGGGCCGCGCGCCGCGCGUCUUACUGCUGGGGCUGGGCGGCGUGGGGCAGGCAGCGCUGCAGUUGCUGGUGGCGCGCGGCGCGCACGUACUGGUGGGCGCCGCCGCCGACGUGGCGCCGCUGGCCACGCGACUGGGCGCCGCCGGCCUCUUGGAUCGGCACGCGGCCGACUACGAGCGCCAGCUGGAGGAGGCGGGCCCGUACGACGCGGUGCUUGACUGCGCCGGGCUUGGCGGCGAGGAGGCGACGGCGCGGCGCUGGCGGUUCUCGCGCUACGUGACGCUAACGUCGCCACUGCUGCGGUCGAUGGAGGCGCGCGGCGUGGCAGCGGGCGCGGCGUGCGCGGCGGCGACGUUACUGGCGCAGAACGCGCGCGCCGCCACGUCGCCGGCGCCCGGCCCGCAGCCCGGCCCGCAGCCCAGUUCGCUACCGCCGCAGGUGCGCUGGGCGUUCUUUUCUCCUUCUGCAACAGACAUCGAACAGCUACGCCGACUCACGGAGCGCGGCCAGUUCGGCGUGUGCGUGGAGCGCGUGUUCCCGUGGUGGGAGGGGGCGGAGGCCUACGAGCGGGCGCAGCGCGGUGCAGCGCGCGGCAAGUUGGUGCUGGACUUUACGGCGGAGGCCGAGGGGGGCAGUCAGCCCGCCACAGAUUCCUAA